CCUGGAGUGACACUCACUGUCAUCAUGUCUGCUGUCUGCCUCUUCAUUCUCAUCCUUUGUCUCUAUGGCACAGCUAGGACUGCUGCAGGUGAGGCUGAGACAGAUGGUUAUGCAGUGAUACGGAGAAAAGUUGGACAGCAAGUCACCAUCCAGUGCAGAAGUGCUUCUAAUCAGGAGAUGCUGUAUUUGAAGAGAGGCCUCAAUGAGGAGGAGGACAUUUUUUAUUUGACAGAUUCACAAAAAUCUACUAUUAAUCAAAAAUUUACUGACAGACUUCAGUUUCAUGGGCGAGUCCCCAAUGUGGAUAUUCUAAUCAAAAACCUGACCCUGGAUGAUACAGGACCGUACUGGUGCGUGUACAAAAUGAGUGGCAGGAACUAUGAGCUCAAAACCUCAAGAGGCAAUGGGUCUGUGCUGCUGGUGGUGACAGAAAGCGGAUCAGCAGCAGAUGAUCCGCUUUCUAAAGCGGAUCAUCAUGGGUGCAUUGGGCAGUCCCAGGGUGACCUGGUCCUGGUCUCUGUGGUCAUCUGUGCUGCUGUGCUCAUUGUCGUCCUCACGGUCUUCCUCGUAUGGAUCAUCAUCAAGACCAAGCCUUUGCGCAGCACAGUGAAAAAAAGACAAGUCCCGGUCAACGACGUUUAUGAGGAUAUGCGCGGCACAAUCAGGCGCUGAAGAGUUUACAGAGCCGACGCCAAACUCCGUGAACUCUCGGCAUCACUGUGGUGUAAGCUCGGUCUGUUCUCACGCUUCAUGCCCUGUGUGGGUGUCUGUUAAAGAGCAACAGUGAGGUAAAAUGGUGCAACACAAAAACACUUGCUCUGUAGAUUAUUUGUAAUCUUUAUAAGAGGAUUGUCAACAUUGAGGCUUGUCAGUGGUAUGUUGGGAUGUACCCAGACGGAGGCGGAGAGUUUUUUUGUUUUGUUUGCAACUGUAAAUAUGUUAAUCUUUGUUGUCAGUUUUUCAAAAACUUUGCUUUUUUUACUAAACUUUUUUAAAAAAUAUAUAAUUUAAUGCAAUAUGUGAUGUCUUUGGGGGGUACAGUCGCUGCAGCGUGAGGCAGGGUGGGUGGGACAUUCACUUGGGGUGGGGUGGACUGAAUGAAUUGAAUUUGUAUGUGUUUGUGUACAUGUGUUGAUUUUUCCAGUAUCUGAAGAGGGAAAUAAGCCAGAAAACAGUUAGUGUAAAUGAAGACACGAAUGUCUUGUAAAAUACUGUGUAUUUUCAUCUUAAUAAACUAUCUGCCAUCCA